AUUGAGUAACUAUUUUUAUGGAAAUUGAGUUUUAUUAUUAUUGCUAAAUUACAAUUAUUGCAAAAAGUUGAUUCCUUUUCAUAUAUAAUUCUAGAUUAGUUUUUGCAAAUUUUUUUUGCUUUGUAUAAUGCAUCGAUAACAAGUAUCAGCUUAUUUUGUAUAGUUUAUGGUUGAUAGCGUAUUAUCAGUGCACUAGUCCUUGUUCCAAAUUCCUCCAAGAUUCUCUUACAAAACAAACAUUUCAUUUGAUUUGUAUUCAAUUUAUUGGAGAAACGAAAUUGAAACAGUAUGACUGACGUUGAAACUCAAAGUAAAGAUGAACAAAAUUUUUGUUUUACAUGGUGUGACUAUGAAAAUCAUUUGUCAGGAGUUGUGCAGCAACUUCUUAAUGAUGGAUGUAUGGUUGACGUGACGCUUUCUGUUGCUGGUGAGAGAAUUCAUGCUCACCGAAUGGUUUUAUGUGCUUGUAGUACAUUAUUUCAAGAAAUACUCAGUGAAACACCUGAAGAUCAUCCCACAAUUAUAAUUAGUGAUAUUUCACCUCAAGACAUGAAGUCAAUAGUGGAGUUUUCUUAUCGUGGUGAAGUCAGAAUACCUGUUGAAAACAUCAACAGUUUAUUAGAGGCCGCACAUCUACUUAAAAUAUGUGGGCUUAUGGAGAUUGAGAGUUUGGAUGAUGACGUAUCUAAUGAAUGUAAAGAAGUUACAGUAGAUUCGGUAGGUGAUUCAAAUGAAUCUGAUAAUGCCUGGAAACCUGCUGAGCGUGAUCCAAAUACUGAUGAAACUUAUUCAUUGAGUGAGCCAUCACACAAGAAAAUUUCUAAAAAACGGAAACGCAGAAGAGAUUAUACCAGAAAAGAGUAUAAUAAUGAUAUGCUCGAAAUGGCUUUGAGUGAUGUUCGUGCAGGUUUAUCUUUAGUAGAUGCAUCUACCAAAAAUAAUGUUCCACGUUCAACAUUGUACAUGCGAGCUAAAGCGUUAGGAUUACAAUUAAAUACAACUAGACAUGAAUAUCCUGCUGAAUGUUUACAAGCAGCUAUAAAUGCAGUCAUGAGUGGUUCAAGUUUUCAACAUGCAUCUGAAUUGUACAGCAUACCAAAAACAGUUUUAUGGAGGAGAAUUCAAAAAGAAAAUUAUCAAUCUCUGAGAUCGGAAACUAAAAGAUCAUAUGAUUCUGAUAAAAGAGAAGCUGCUAUAAAAGCUUUACAAAGAGGAGAGAAUCUAACAAAAGUAUCGUUAGAAUUUCAGAUACCUAAGACAACGUUAUUUCGUGAUAAAGUGAAAUUAGUAGAUCAAGGAAAAUUACCAGAGACUUUUUGGAAGAGAAGAAAGACUGAAGAUGAAAAAGUGAAACAAAUGCGUUUAGAACAAGCUGUUGCUGCUUGUAUGGAAGGCAAAAUGUCCCAAGCAGCGGCAGCUAUUGCAUACCAUAUUCCAAAAACUACUAUAUGGCGUCGGCUUCAACAAGAAAAUAAAAAAAUAGAUAGGACGAAAAAUCCUAAACGACAAUCACAGCUUAUACAAUCGAUUGUCAAAGAAGAAAUUGAACAAAAAAAUGAUUCUGAUACUACACUGUGUGAGGUUUCAUCUGAAAUUCCAUUGACAUACAUUGAUGAAAAUAAUGUACCAGAAAAUUCUGUCAUCAUUUUAACUAAAGGAGAAGUUGAUGAACUUAAUUUAGGAGAUGAUCAACAAAUUAUAGUUAGUACGGAUUCUGACCAUGAGUAUGUUCCAUGUACAAUAAGUAUCGAAGACUCAACGAAUUAUGCAACGACUGAUAGUUAAAAAAAUUUAUUUUCUAGUUACUGUGAUUAAAAAUUAAAAAAUGAGUCUGUUGGUGGCUAAGGUAUAUAUUUUCAUCAAUAUACAUUGUAAAAAAGUCAUGUCACAAAUUGUUACGGAAUAUUUAUAGAAAUAUUCAAAUCAUUGAUAUGGAAAAAUUGCCAAAUAAUUUUUAUACGAUUAAUCUAAAAAAAUCAUCAUUAAGAAAUAUAAAAAAUAAAUUUUAUUUAUAAAACUUUUUAUAAAUUAGUGGGAUAGAUGUUGAAAAAAUUUUUUAAUUUUUAGUUCUAUUGAGUGAGAGCGCUAGUGUUCACUUCUGUUUGCGUUCCACUCGCAAAACAACGCUAACGCUAUCAUCGAUUUCAAUCUAGCAUUAUUUUAGACGCUAUAAAUUUCAACUUAUAAUUUAAACGUAAUUUAUAUUCAAUAAUGAGAUGAUUUAUUAUUAAUUUAUUAAAAUCACAGAGUUUAAAGUUUAAUGUAUUAAUUGACAUAAAAAUUGUUAUUAAACUAUUGUGUUUUUCUUGAUUUGAAAUAUAAAAUUAUAUUAUGCCGGGUGUACGUGAUAUUACUGCAUUUAUUGUGUAUUGUGAUCUUAAUUGACAAGAUAUUUUAAAGUUUAGUGAGUGUAUUUUUAGUGUAAUAACAAUAAGUUUUAAGUUGAAGACGUAAAGUGCAGGAAUUCUCAGACUAGGUUAGACCCAAACGAUAUUAUACUUCAUUAUGUGUACAAAAAUAAUUAAAUUUAUAAGUUUUA